AUGAAGGAUGACGACAAAGCGACGGCCAGGAUGCAGAAAAUAAAGCUCGACGACGGAACCAACGGCGUCGCCUCGCCGCAGCAGCCCGCAGAUCUCAUCACAACCGCAGUGACGGACGCGACAAAGGGUAUCAAACUCGAGGGCUCGCCAUCGCCGUCCACAGAAGGGGGCAAAUCCCGAACCGACAGCAAUGGAACCCCCAACUCGUCGCGCCCGCGCCUGUCGCGCAAGUCAUCCCGAAAGGACACGCCGACUCGAGAACCGCCCCUCUUCGAUAGGUUACCGAACAUGACCUCAGAGGCAUGCAGCUCCUUUCAGGUCAUCCCCGACUGUCUUUACGGCUCCAAGCACCUGGGCUCGACCGAGAACGACGCGUUUGACUGCGAAUGUCGAGGAGAUUGGCACGAUGGCGUCAAUAUGGCGUGCGGCGAAGACUCGGAUUGCAUAAACCGCGCGACGAAAAUGGAGUGCAGCGAGACGGCAGGCAACUGCGGUGGCGGAUGUCAGAACCAACGCUUUCAACGAAAACAAUAUGCCGACGUGUGCGUCAUCAAGACGGAGAAGAAGGGAUAUGGUCUUCGUACCGACGCGGAGCUCAGCGCGCACGACUUCAUCUUUGAGUACAUUGGCGAGGUCAUCAACGAGGCCACGUUUCGACGGCGCAUGCUCCAGUACGAUCAACAGGGCAUCAAGCAUUUUUACUUCAUGUCUCUCAGCAAAAACGAAUUUGUCGAUGCCACGCGCAAAGGUAACCUAGGCCGCUUUUGCAACCACUCUUGUGUCCCCAACUGCUACGUUGACAAGUGGGUGAUUGGCGACAAGCUGCGCAUGGGCAUCUUUGCGUUGCGUACAAUUCGUGCUGGUGAAGAGCUCGUCUUCAACUACAACGUCGAUCGCUACGGUGCUGACCCUCAGCCGUGCUAUUGCGGUGAGCCCACUUGUGUGGGCUUCAUUGGCGGCAAGACGCAGACGGAACGCGCCACAAAGCUGCCGCCUGCUACGAUUGAAGCACUUGGUGUCGAUCUUGGCGAUGGCUGGGACACGACUGUUGCCAAAAAGGCGCGUAAGAAGCGUGUUGAUGAGGAUGACGAGGACUACGUCAACAGUUUACAGGCCCGACCCCUUGACCAGGACGACGCCCGCAAAGUCAUGGCCACACUCAUGCAAUGCAAGGAGAAAUGGAUUGCUGUCAGACUUCUUGAUCGUAUUCAGCAAUCCAAAGAUGAGCGUGUGAUCCUCACUGUUAUGCGUAUGCACGCAUAUCAAAUCUUCAAGACAACCCUGCAUGCGUUUGGUGACGAUCACAACGUUGUCUUGCAGGUGCUCUCCAUCCUGGAUGCUUUCCCGCGUCUGACGAGGAACAAGAUUCAAGACUCAAAUAUCGAGGCUACUAUUCAGGAACUUGCUACCUCCGAGCACGAAGACGUUGCAUCAAAGUCGACAAGGCUCUUGGACGACUGGAGCAAACUAAAAAUCGCAUAUCGCAUUCUCCGGCGCAAGUUUGAGCCCGGCACGCAGACUCUGAGUAUUUACGAGGAUCGCAGAGGCGCGGCGAGAGAAGGGGAAUUGGCUGCACCCGCGCAGACUCCUCAGAGUAAAGCCGCAUCCCGGCCUAUUGAUGCACCCAAAGGACCUCGCAGUAACAUACCACAAAGAAACAGCAACUUCCAAGCUGGAAAUGGCUCGCGGCAACGGCAACGCUUCGGUAACAAUGGGCCUCUACCGCAAGGCUGGUUUUCUGCCAAAGAUGCCAGCGGCAACAUGUAUUAUUAUGAUAAACAGGGCACAACAACGUGGCAGCGUCCGACUCUGCCCGCCGACCAGACACCGAAGGUGCAGUCAAAGGCUCAGCAGGAGCAGCAGUUGAUCCAAAACAUCAUCGCGAAGGUAACAAAAGAGGGCACGCCGAAACCGACACCAUUACAACAGUCGCAAUCACAGUCCUCGGAUACCCCCAGCAAGGAUGCCCGAUCAGACAAGUGGCGAGUAUUGCCCCAAGACAAGCAAAUGAAGAUUUAUGAAAACACUCUUUUCCCUCAUAUCAAACAUGUUCUGGAUAAAUUCCGCCAUAAACUGCCAAAGGACGACUUGAAGCGUUUGGGCAAGGACCUCGCCAAAAAGCUGGUAGCUUCCGACUACAAGAAUGGCCGCGUCACAGACCCGACAGCCAAGCUGAGCGAUAAGCAAAUUUACAAGAUCAAGACGUACGCCAAGGACUUUCUAGACCGAGCAGUUCAAAAAUACGCGGUGCAAAAGAAGGACGCAGAUGCCUCCGGCCUCGCCCGCGGCUCUGCCGAAACGACGGCGAUGGAGCUUACCGGCGCCACCGACAGGGGCGACGAUGCCGAGCUGAGCGACAUGGACGUGGACGUGGAUGUGGACGUGGACAUGGACGACUCACCGGCGAGCCGCAAGCGCAAGCUUGACGAAGCCGCCGACACGGACCUACCGGACGCGACGCCGACCGCGGAUGGCCCCGAGAUGAAGCGCCUCAAGGAAGACGAAGUCGGCACGGCGGCAACGCCGAGCCCGCCCCCGCCUCCGCCCCCGCCUCCGCAAGACGAGGACCCCGAGCUCACGGAGGAGCAAGAGGCGCUGCGGGAGCAGGAACGAGCCCUGGAGCGCGAGAACGAAGAGGCCCAGUGGCUAGAGGACGAAGCGCAGAGGGCCAAUGGAGAACAGGAGCAGAAUCGAAAACAGGAGGUUCUGAGCCACUGA